AUGACGUCUCAUUCGGCAAUCUUUCUUCCGGCACCGGAGCAGACGUCUACCAAGGCGACGUACCACGCCCUCAUCUACUUUGUAUGUGGAAACCCCGGCCUGAUUGACUUCUACGACGAUUUCCUGCAAUGUGUGAGCUCCCUCGUGAGCGGCUCAGAGACUUCAACGACAGCGUACGACGUCUACGGGCGGGACCUGUUCGGAUUUUCCGGAACGGGGCCCUUUGAGCCGUACGACCUAGAAGAGCAGGUCGAGGCGGUGUACUCUGACGUGGCAGAGCGGCGAAGGGCCAACGGGGCGCCCUACGACACCGUCAUCAUGGCAGGACACUCGGUCGGCGCCUACAUAACCGUCGAGGUGUUUUCACGGCACGCAAAGCACGAGCUGAAGGAGCCGCACCUCACCCUCCGUCACGGUGUGCUGCUCUUCCCCACGCUGACGCACAUUGCCCUGUCGCCGAGCGGGAAGAAGGCGACGGCGGUGCUGGGCGUAUGCCCCGCAGCGAUAGUGGACAAUGUAUACUGGGUUGUUGGUGCGGUGCUGAGACCCCUCAGAGAGGACAUGAUUGCGGGCCUCGUACGGCGGUUCAUGGGCUUCACGGAGAAGGCUGCACUCACAGCAGCCCGGUGGAUCAAGAGCCCACAUGGCCUGCGGGAGACGAUAUACCUCGGGCGUUCGGAGCUCGAGGGAAUAUGCGAAGACGUUUGGGAGGACAAGCUGUGGGAUGCCCUGGGAGGUGGGAAGGGAAACAGAUUCUUUCUGUUCUACGGGAAGGAGGAUCACUGGGUUGCCGACCAUGCUAGGGAUGCGAUUGUGAAGGAGAAGAAUGGUAAAGCGACGGUUCUGGUCGAUGAGACGGGGGAACUUCCCCAUGCUUUCUGUACCAGGGAGAAGUCAACUGUGAGCGUGGCGAGGCAGGUGAGUGCUUGGGUCAAGGAGAUGGAGGAGUACUUGUGA